AUGCCCGAUAUCAUGUAUCGUUUUUUCAUCAUCUCCCUUUGUUUGUGUGUCGCAAACUCAACAUCAAUAGGAAGAAUAGAGUAUCUUCCAGGGUUUCAAGGACCUCUUCCUUUUUAUUUGGAAACCGGCUAUGUUGGCGUGGAUGUGAAUGAGGAUGUUCAAUUGUUUUAUUACUUCAUUCAUUCUGAGUCAAAUCCCAAAGACGAUCCUCUCAUGCUUUGGCUUACUGGUGGUCCGGGUUGUUCCUCCAUUUCUGGCCUCCUCUUUGAAAUCGGUCCAAUUGAAUUUGGGGCCGCGGCUUAUAACGGAAGCUUGCCGAGUUUGAUUUUGAGAUCUCGUUCAUGGACCAAGAUGGCAAACAUAAUCUUCUUAGAUAUUCCCGUCGGUACUGGGUUCUCUUAUGCUAGAACGGCACAUGCUUCUUGUUCUAAUAACAUCCUAUAUUCCGAGCAUGCCUACGAAUUUAUAAGAAAGGUAUAG